GACCAAUCAGCACACUCCUGCUUUUUGUCCUCGCGUCCGUCAGUCCUCAAAGACAACAAGCGGCACUCGGCGCUCGACUGCUUCUGUCUGGGCAGUGACAGCCAUGGCGGAACAGGAGGAUAAUGUUACCAUUCCUCACUUCAACACUCUCCUCCAAAUGGAUCCUUACCUCAAGCCCUACCAGAAGGACUUCCACAGGAGGUAUGAGCUGUUCCAAAAGCAGCUUUUCCAGCUAGAAGAGGCAGAGGGAGGUUUCGACCAGUUCACACGGAGCUACAGGACCUUCGGCGUGCAGCGGCGGCCCGACAACAGCCUGUUCUUUCGGGAGUGGGCUCCCGCUGCAGAGGCCCUCUUCCUCACCGGAGAUUUCAAUGGCUGGGACAAAUUCUCCCACCCGUACGCCAAGCGAGAUUACGGCAAGUGGGAGUUGGUUCUUCCGGCCAGGCAUGACGGCUCUCCUGCUGUGGAUCACAACACCAAGCUCAAGGUGGUGGUCCACACCAAGGCAGGGGAGCGUCUCUACAGGAUUUCACCGUGGGCCAAAUAUGUGACCAAGGAGAACAAAUGUGUCAUCUACGACUGGAUCCACUGGGACCCCCCCGCACCCUUUAUACAAAUCCACCCGCGUCCCAUGAAACCCACACAGCUGAGGAUCUACGAGGCGCACGUGGGCAUCGCGUCUCCCGAGGGCAAGAUCGCCUCGUACAGCAACUUCCGCGACAACAUGCUGCCCCGUAUCAAAGACCUGGGUUACAACUGUAUUCAGAUGAUGGCCGUCAUGGAGCACGCCUACUACGCCAGCUUUGGCUACCAGGUCACCAGCUUCUUUGCCGCUUCCAGUCGCUACGGCAACCCGGAGGAGUUGAAGCAGCUGAUCGACGUGGCGCAUUCGCUGGGCAUCGUUGUGCUGCUGGACGUCGUCCACAGCCACGCCUCCAAGAACACAGAGGACGGCCUCAACGCCUUCGACGGGUCCGACUCCUGUUUCUUCCACUCGCCCCCUCGGGGGGUGCACAGCCAGUGGGACAGCCGCCUCUUCAACUAUUCCAGCUGGGAAGUGAUGCGCUUCCUGCUGUCCAACCUGCGCUGGUGGAUGGAGGAGUACAAGUUCGACGGCUUCCGAUUCGACGGCGUCACCUCCAUGCUGUACCAUCACCAUGGGAUAGGAGCCGGCUUCUCUGGGGACUACAGCGAGUACUUUGGCCUGCAAGUGGACGAGGACUCUGUGGUGUACCUGAUGUUGGCCAAUCACAUCCUGCACACGCUCUACCCAGACUGCAUCACCAUCGCUGAGGACGUGUCGGGCAUACCCGCCCUCUGCAGGGACCUGAAGGAGGGAGGACUUGGCUUUGACUACCGCCUGGCUAUGGCCAUUCCUGACAAAUGGAUUCAGAUCCUGAAGGAGUUGAAGGACGAAGACUGGAACAUCGGCGACAUCGUCCACACGCUGACCAACCGGCGCCACACGGAGAAGAGCAUCGCCUACGCGGAGAGUCACGACCAGGCUCUGGUUGGGGACAAAACGUUGGCGUUCUGGCUGAUGGACAAGGAGAUGUACACCAACAUGAGCUCGCUGGCUACCAUGACGCCUGUCAUCGAUCGCGGCAUGCAGCUGCAUAAGAUGAUCCGCCUCCUUACGCACGGUCUGGGCGGGGAAGGCUACCUCAACUUCAUGGGCAAUGAGUUCGGUCACCCUGAGUGGUUGGAUUUCCCCCGCAAAGGCAACAACGAGAGCUACCACUACGCCCGCCGGCAGUUCAACCUGCUGGACGCGCCGCACCUGCGCUACAGUCAGCUCUACGCCUUCGACCGCGACAUGAACCGCACCGAGGACAAGUACGGCUGGCUGGCCGCCCCCCCGGCCUUUGUCAGCGCCAAGCACCAGGAGGACAAGGUCAUCGUGUUCGACAGAGCCAACGUGCUUUUCAUCUUCAACUUCCACCCCAGCAAGAGCUUUCAGGACUACAAGGUCGCUGUGGAAGCACCCGGAAGGUACAAAAUCAAGCUGGACUCGGAUGAGAGCGUGUAUGGCGGCCAUGGACGGCUGGACCACAACAGCGAGUUCUUCACUGAGCCGCAGCCCUUCAAAGGCCGCGCUAAUUCCAUCCAGGUGUACAUCCCCUGCAGGACCGCCAUCGUGCUGGCCAAUGAGGAGAUGGAUUACUGUUAUUAGACCACCGCCCUCACAAAUGGAUCCCACCCUCAGACCGAGCGUUAACAAUCACCUUUUGUCUUUUAAAGUGUCAACUCCCGACUCACUUGGUGUCUGCAUGCACACACACACACGCACACACACACACACACACACACACACACACACACACACACA